CAAACCAAACAGACGGAAGGUAAAGUUACAAUCAAAGCGGAGGAAUUCUAGUCAAACCGAAAGCAGAGCGACUCCAGCGGACUUCACAGCGAACAGAACCGGAAUACAUGCGAACAUUGCGGAGACCACGGAGCCUCAUUCACACGGCAGGACACCCUGGAAAAGACGGAGAAAUCUCAGGAGGAUGUUCAGUUCCGAGGAGUGGAGCUGAAAGUCGUUACGGCAAGAUGUGAGGCGCCUCGGGAGAAAGCGGAGACCGAGGCCAGCGGCAGGAUGUUGGUCCGGAGCUCGCUGAAGCGGACCCGGGCCAGAGUGACCCAUGCGGUGGUGGUGAUCUUCCUGGAGUUCUUCGCCUGGGGCCUGCUGACCACGCCCAUGCUGAAGGUUCUCCAUGAGACGUUCCCUCAGCACACCUUCCUGAUGAACGGCCUGGUGCACGGCGUCAAGGGCUUCCUGUCCUUCCUGUCGGCUCCUCUGAUUGGUGCUCUGUCGGACACCUGGGGCAGGAAGUCCUUCCUCCUCAUCACCGUCUUCUUCACCUGCGCCCCGAUCCCCUUCAUGAGGAUCAGCCCCUGGUGGUACUUUGCUCUGAUCGCCGUGUCGGGGACGUUCGCCGUGACGUUCUCCGUGAUCUUCGCCUACGUCGCUGACGUCACCGAGGAGCACGAGAGGAGCACCGCCUACGGCCUGGUGUCGGCCACCUUCGCCGCCAGCCUGGUGACGAGCCCGGCCAUCGGCGCCUACCUGUCCAGUCGCUAUGGGGACAGCCUGGUGGUGCUGGUCGCCACGGUGAUCGCGGUGACGGACAUCGCCUUCGUGUUCUUCAUGGUUCCCGAGUCGCUGCCAGACAAGAUGAGGUUGUCGUCGUGGGGGUUCCCCAUCUCCUGGGAGCAGGCCGACCCGUUCGCUUCGCUGCGGCGCGUCGGGAAGGAUUCUACUGUUCUGCUGAUCUGCGUCACCGUCUUCCUGUCCUACCUGCCUGAAGCCGGACAGUACUCCAGCUUCUUCCUCUACCUGAAGCAGGUCAUCCAUUUCUCCCCUGAAGCCAUCGCUGCCUUCAUCGCCAUGGUGGGAAUCCUCUCCAUCGUUGCUCAGACCGUCCUGCUCAGCAUUCUAAUGCGAACCAUCGGGAAGAAGAACACGGUUCUGUUGGGUCUGGGCUUCCAGCUGCUGCAGCUGGGCUGGUACGCCUUCGGGUCCGAGCCGUGGAUGAUGUGGGCAGCAGGAACCGUCGCUGCCUUGUCCUCCAUCACUUUCCCAGCAGUCUCUGCUCUCGUGUCGCACAACGCCUCCGCCGACCAGCAGGGCGUGGUCCAGGGGAUGAUCACAGGGAUCCGGGGUCUCUGUAACGGUUUGGGUCCGGCUCUCUACGGAUUCAUCUUCUUCCUGUUCAACGUGGAGCUGAGCGACGUUCCGGCAGCCGCAGGAACUCUGGACACACAGCACGCCGCCAUCCCGGGCCCUCCCUUUCUGUUCGGGGCGUGCGCCGUGGUCCUCGCCAUGGUCGUCGCCUUCUUCAUCCCGGAGAACCUCCGCCCCGCCGCCGGUCCGGCCGCCGCUAAACCCGCACACGCUCAGAACGGCGGCGCGGCGCUGGCCACGCCCACCAGCGACACCGAGGACAUCGAGCCGCUCCUGCAGGACAGCAGCAUGUGAGCGGGCGGCGGCCAAUCACUGACGCUGUUCAUGAGCUGCUCUCUCCUGAUUGGCUGAGACCAAAGGGCUGGGGGGAACAGCGCCCCCUCUGGACUCUCUGUUGGAGUUUCUCUGCUUCAUUAUGCACCUGCUGGCUCCACCCCCUCACGCCCCCGGUCACCAUGGCGACGGCAUCACUCCUGGAUCCGACGACGUUUUUACUUUUAGACAGAAUCUCCGUUACCAUGGUGAUGUCCAGGGAAAGCUGCGUUAGGUUCUGGACUCACGGUGUCGGGUCAAACUUCAGAACCUCGCCUGGUUCUGGAGGUUCUGUUUGACCUUUGACCUGACAGAACCACAGCUGAUGUUCGUGAAAGUCCGGUUGGGAUCCAUGUUUCUGGUUCUGGAACGUUUCUACCAAACAUCUGGACUGUUUUCUGGAGUCCGGUUCGGUCCGGUUUGCUUCCUGGUUCCUCCUGCAGCGUCACAGCGGAUCCUGUUUAACAGAACCGAGCAGCCCGAUCCAUUGCGUCUGGCUGACCCGGUUCCUGUAGCUCCAGAACCUCCAGAACCAUGCAGCUGUUGUCCAGAUGUCUCUGCUGCGCUUUAGUGCCUCUAACUGACCCGGUUUCUACCAACUGGGUUUUUCAGAACUUUGUGACGAUCUUAAUAAAGUUGUUUGAACCGAG